GAUUUCCAUAUCUCUCACAGUCUUAAUCCGACACCAUGGACACUAAGAUCUGGUUUUUACUUACGGUUGUGACAAUAGUUCGGUCAAAAGAUCUAUCCGAAGGUUCCGAUAGUCUCGGAACUAAUACUCAGAAAAUAUUUGACGAAAAUAAAAAGGCGAAUCCAGCGAUAUGGCGACAAGUGGAUAAUAUUACUAUAACUGGUGACGAAGGGAUGAAAAUUAAUAAAAUCCUCGUGAAAGAUUUAAGAGAAGAAAAAGAUGGAGAAGCGAAAAUAGUUGAAGGAGGUAUCGGCCAACAAAACGUGACUAUAGAAUUGAAAAGUCCUACAGCAUUGAGGGGAUAUGACUUUCAUAUUGAAGUGUAUGCAAAUUCUAACAACGGCCAGGCUUCUACAAGUCACGACGCAUCCCAACAAGAAGCAAAGCCUGGAAAAUCCUCUGAAGAAAAGAAUCCAAUUAAUGCAGUUCCAAAUUUACCUAUAAGUUUAACUAGAGAUGAACCAUCGUCAACUUCUGAAAAACCUCAGGAUGGCCUUAUAAUAGGAGGUAAGAGACAAAACCGUGAUGUCGAAAACAUAAAUAAAUCUAAUAAGCAACUCAACCCACAUUUUAAUAAUGCAACCACAGAAGUAACUGAACUGAAAUCAACAAGCAUACCGGCAACGAAUAAAGACAAAAGAGAAGAUAAAGAUCACGAACAUGGUAUUGCAAUUCAACCUAUACACUUACAAGAAGCACCCAAAAUGCCCGAAUCAACUGCCAGAAGUAUUCCCACAACGGAAUUCAAAAUAGCCGAAGAAAAACACAACCAUGACGAAAUCCAUGAUAAUUUCGACGAAAAUAAAAAACAAACGAAUUUUGAUACGAACGCGAAACAUACCAAUACUAAGUAUUCUCAAUUUAACAUACGUGAAGUAACACCCAAUGUACCUGUUAACGUGCAAUCACCUGCUGAAGAAGGUCACAAGAGACAUGUCCGUGACGUUAACCAGAAUAUUCCAGUAGUGGAAACAACUCAGCAUUUAUUACCUUCUAGUACAUUAAGAAAUCAAGGUUCUACUACAGCUAAAGCUAUAAGCGAUGAAACAAAUCAACCAGAAAAUAGUCAAGCGGUUCCAACAGAAAACAAACAAACUAAAGAGCACGUCCACCACGAUAAAGUCGAAGAAGAAACUAUACACGAACACCAUAACCACAAUAAUAGAUUUAAUGGACGUUAUAUUCCCGACAGAUUUGCUCGCAACCGUAACUCCGAUUCAAAACGUGAAACUUCUACAGAAAUCAACAAAGUCUCAACAACAAUUGCAUCACAAUCUAGUACACCAAUCAUUCCAAGAAUAAAUGUAAACGCAGCUACUACAAACAAGCCUGAAACUAGCACUGGUAAGGAAGUUAAUACAGACAUCAAAUCAGAAUUACAUAUUAAUAAUAACAAGAGGAGCACUUCUGAAGAAAUCACAGCACACAAAAGGCUUACACGUGAUACAACUGACAAAAAUAACAAAGAAAAACCCUCAGUAUUGCCAACUAGCAACUUAAAAGACUCUCCGACUUCAACAACAUUAAAACCUGAAAUAAAUGGAAAAACUCAUUCAGAUAUUAAUACAAGCAAAGUUAGCUCAUAUAGCACAAAAGCGCCAAUUGAAGCUACUGAAAAAGAAAGCGGAAAUGAACACAACAAUCCAAAAGUAGACAAUUUAGAGAAUAAAGACAAGCAAAGAAAUAUUAGAGGUACUGAAGACAACAAAAACGAGGCCAUUGCUUUGAGUACUUCAACUAUAAAACCUGAAAAUAAAGAAACAAAGAAAGUCCAAGUUCCUAUUCAACUGAAAACUCCAGGUCAAGAUGUUAAACAGGAACCUACAGAUGCUAAAAAAGAAAAUGAAAGAAUCACUCGCGACGUCACUGAUAUUCCUAAAUCACACAAUGACAAAUUAACCCCACCGACAGAAAUUACUGGUGUAAACGUCGAAAUGGGAAUGAAAUCAGGCGAAAAAGUAACUAAAUCUUUAAUUUCUACUAUCAAAGAUGACAACAAAGAACAAAAAGAAACAUCCACUAUAUCUCCAAAAAUCGGAGAAAGCGCCACACAAAAUCCUGCCCAAAAAAAUCAACCCGGUAAAUACCCAAGAGGAAUUAAUAAAGACUUUGUAGGAACGUCGACUACUCAAGACCAAUAUAAUACAAAAAAUGACUUAAGUACCACAAGUAAACCUUCAGUUGAUCUGAAAAAAGAAAUAUCUGAACCUAAACAGCCAGAAAAAUCUUUAAUGCCAUCACAAUAA